AUGCUACCCACCCUUGAAUACGCCUUCACAUUGGAGGGAGAUCUUACCCCCGCACUCGACUUUGGCAACACACAUUGCGGCCACAGACGAUACAUCCCAAUCACUGGUGGAACAGUCGGCGGUCCAAAGCUGAAAGCAACCAUCCUCAACGGCGGCGGUGAUUGGAACGCUCUCCGAGAAGAUGGAAUAGGACAUGUCUUCGCAAAGUACACCAUCCAAGCUGAGGACGGUACUCUUAUUAGUGUCACUAAUGAAAGAUGGAUUCGGAAGUUUGAGCCCAGGGCUACCGCUGAUUCGGAGAGAGUUGAGAGCGAGUGGUAUGCGAAGACGAACCCCCGCUUUGAGGUUCAAGAUGGUCCACAUGGUUGGCUGAAUCGGACUCUCUUUGUGGGAGAGCUUCAGAAGCCGGAUCGUCCCAAUCAUGUCACGAUCGAUGUUUAUUCGGUUGAGUAA